AUGCUUCGCCGCGCAAAACGAUUCCGUGAUGUCUUUACACGAUUCUGUACCGACUAUGAUUGUGAAGAGAUGUUACUAAACAAUGAGGAGUGGCGCCAAAUCGACUAUCUUCUCUAUAUCACUGAGCCAUUCUUUCUCUAUACAACUGAGCUAUCAAAGACUCGAGAGGUUACAAUACAUCUUGUCUUCAAGAUCUACAACGCGCUUUUUGAGCAUCUUGAAAAGUCAAUGAAGCAGCUCCGGCGGAAGUGUAUUCUAUGGAAAAAACAGAUACUUGAUUCUCUUGAAGCUGGUCGAUCUAAGCUUGAUGAGUACUACUCACAGACAGAUAAGGCUAAACCACAUAUCUAUGCGAUUAGUACAAUGCUUGCCCCUGAUAACAGGUUCCAAUUUUUCCUAUCUGAUGACUGGGAUAAACAAUGGCGCGACCUUUACCGGAAAUCUUUUCAAGAAACUCUGAUUCCUUAUCAAGAACGUUUAUCUUCUAUUCAAGGCUCUGCAACCUCCUUUACUGCAGCCAGACCAAGCUCAAGGCUUAAUAAGAUGUUGAACGGGUACAAACUACAGGCAAAGCCAGUAAGAGAUGAAAUAACUCAAUAUCUUGACAGCGAUACUAUCGAUAUGGAGCCCCUUCAAUUCUGGAGAGAAAAUGAAUAUCGGUUUCCAGCUAUUGCAGCUCUUGCACGGGAUAUUCUCUCUAUUCCAGCAACAGGUGCUGGUGUUGAACGACUUUUCAAUACUGCUCGAGAUAUCUGUCAUUACCGCCGCGGUCGGAUGAAGUCUGAGACAAUUGAAAAGAUUAUGAUGUUUCUUUGUACAUCAAGAUUUGAUCUUGAAGAACAAGAGACAGAAUUUCUCAAGGAAUUCUUUUCUAUCUAUGAGGUAGAAGCAGCAAAGGAAGAGAAAGACGAGAAAUUAGAAGAGAUUGAAGUAAAGUCAAUUAGUGAUACUGAAGAACAAGAGGAUGAUAAGGCCGUAGCAAUAAUACAGGAUCACACUGAGCCUGAAUUGCCAGAGAAUAUCACACGAAUACGGGCUUCAGGAAGAAAACGGAAAAGUAGAGAAGAUAAUGAGUUUGAAUAUCAUUAA